AACCCCCACUCCUCCUUCUUCUUAUCAAAAACACACACAUUUUCACUUAUCGAUUUAGGCAAAAAUGUCUGUGAGAGCAGCAGAUUCAUCAUCGUUUAGCGUUUUUCUGAAACAAUCCGAUGUAAAUCUCGAUGUUGUACCCAAAAUCUCGACUGGUUUUGUGAAAUUUUCAUGUUUCUCGUCGUCUCCAUCCUCUGUUUUGAGUUUAUUAUCAAAUGGGAGAACAAGAGGAGCCGUACGUUGUGCAUCAACGGUAAAUGAAGAGAAUCUGGUGGUGAGUAGUGGGGUGUUGUUUCAGCCAUUUGAAGAGGUGAAGAAGGAGGAGUUCAUGGUACCAAUAUCUCCUCUCACAUCACUUGCUCGUCAAAGGUAUUUUGAAGAUUGUGAAUCUGCCAUCAAUGAGCAAAUCAAUGUGGAAUAUAAUGUCUCCUAUGCGUACCAUGCGAUGUAUGCAUACUUUGAUAGGGACAAUGUUGCUCUAAAAGGCCUUUCCAAAUUCUUCAAGGAAUCGAGUGAUGAAGAAAGAGAACAUGCCGAAAAGUUGAUGAAAUAUCAGAAUACACGAGGUGGAAGAGUGAAGUUGCACACCAUAGUUGCACCGCCUUCAGAGUUUGAACAUGUUGAAAAGGGUGACGCUUUAUACGCAAUGGAGCUAGCAUUGUCCUUGGAGAAACUAACCAACGAAAAACUUCUCCAUUUGCAUGAGGUGGCCUGUACAAACAAUGAUCCACAAAUGGCAGACUUCGUUGAGAGCGAAUUUUUAGCUGAGCAGGUUGAAGCAAUAAAGAACAUUGCAGACUAUGUCUCUCAACUUAGAAGAGUUGGGAAAGGCCAUGGGGUGUGGCAUUUUGAUCAGAUGCUUCUUGGCGAAGGUGCAUUAUGAAGGAUUUGUCGUACGUUUUAUCUGGUUGUAUCUUUAGCAUAAUAACUUGUACUUGGUUACAAUUUACAAUUUCUACUGUCACGUCAUUUUCAUGUUGUCUAGAUUAUAGUAUUUGUAUAAUAAUGUACUACUUUUAUAAUAUAUUUUAGAAAGUUUGAUGAAUCU